CCCUGCGUCACCAUGUUUUGAGUUUCAGCGCGUCCACAACCCGGGAAAGAGAGAUUGCAGGUCCCUGUUUACAGGUUUUACGAUGGAAAACCAAACCAGUGUCCGUUUAAUGAUCAUGUAUGAGGAUCAGUCGGUAGAUGUGCGUUGCAGUAAUGGAGCUCAGUUACAGCUGUCGCCGUGUGGCUGUGAAUUCAUGCUGGUCAAACCCCCAGAGCCCUGCGACCAUCCUCUGCAGCCUCCAGAGAGAGUCCGACAGAGGACCAGGUUUACUGUCAGCGCUCACAAGGAGUUGAUGGUGGCUGCAUUAGCGUUUAGGAAUAAAUAUGCAAGUCGCCCAUAUUUGCCAGAGGAACUCAUCCCUGUGGACCACAAGAAGCCAUUUUUCAGCAUUGACUCAGACGUCCAGUGGCCUGAGUGGUCUUCCUGUGAUAAAGAGCGUGCACCAAGAGGUCCGAGAGGCGAGACCAUCGUCAGGUCAGAGGAGGGACGAGCUAUGUUGAUGCUGUCACCCUCAGGUGAAGAAUUCUCUGUGGAGUACACGUGCAACCUCAGUCAGAAUAAAAAUCAGCAACCCAGCACCGAAGGCAUCCAAGGCAGUCAGCAGCAGCAUGAAAGCAAUCUGAUCUGCCAGAGCAGCUGUGAUGAGACCAAAGACAUUAAUGAGGGCAGAGGAAGCAGAAGGAAUGAGUCUGUUAGAUCAACGUCUUGCUCUCCUCAGAUUUCCAGCAAAGCUUUGCCGAAGCCAGAGGAGAUGUUCCAAUCCACCACAGUGGUCCAGCAUCACUCCUGCUUUGAUGUUGACCCCAUCUGGCGCUACCCCGUCUACUUGGCUCGCCAUCUUUGGACCGCUCUUUUCUCUAAACCUGAAGAUGUAACGGCAGAAGGCGUUGGCAAUCUCCAGCGAAUGUUUGAUCCAUCCAACGUAGAGAGCAGGUCUCGGCUUCCACAGGGGCUGCCUCUCACGUGUCCAUCUCCUCAUUGGCACAGAUGGAAGCUCAAAGAUCCUCUGGUCAAAAAAGAACAUUCAGACCAAGAUCUUCCAACAGAGCUGGUAAAAGUGAUGUGGUGUCAAGGAGUCACAUACAGGAUACUGAGCGGGGUUGUCUCAGUCGUAGAGGUUUCUCCAGGGGAUGGAUCCGUCAUGCGGUCUAAUGGUGUCCUCAACACUUACUUCACCCAUCACAAACCUGAACCUCUGUCUGGACGGGUGACAGAAGUAACAUACCAUCUGAACAACCUUCCACCUGAUGUACCCGGACAGCCGUACUCUAUUUGCUCUGUUGUGAGUCGUGCGAGCAGGAUCCUGACAUGCUACAACGAGGCCAGGCAGUCACUAAAGCUCCCUGUAACACCUAGCUGUUUGGAAGAUGGCAGAUGUUUUUAUAAACCAGCAAUGUUUGAAGGAGAUCUGUCCAACCCUGUAUCUAUAGAGCAGUGUGUGAAUGUCGCACAAUCAAUAGAAAGCCGGUCAGAUCUUGUAGCUGCAGAGUUGGAGAAGAUUAAACGAUUCAACUAUCUGCUAGAAAACAACUGGCUGCUAAGAAGAGAGAAAGGUUGUUCAGAAGUUGGGAGUAACUCUGCAGAAGAGGUGACGCACGAGUCAAUGAGUGAGAACUGCAUCGCUGAAGCUCUACAGAGGACGUCCAAAGCCAUCCAGGACAUUGAUGCUCUCAUAUCUGCAGCCACACUGACGUGAAAGCAAAACAUGUUUCAGAAGAAAACACCUAAAGUAGAGACUCCACUUUUGAGACUACAAAUAUGAAAUGUGGGUUUACUGUGCAGAGACUGACUACGUGUUGAUUCUCUGGAACAAAUUAAUACAAGAAGGUAACAAAAUUAACUUAACCACAGAAAGGGAACACCUUACGGAUCAAAAUCUAAAUGAAAACAGCUAAAGGGAACCUUAAAGAGGUGAAAUGCUGGAUGUCAAAAAGUGGAUACACUUUCGACUCUUAGCUGAGAGAGAGUUUUCUUUUUUUUUCAGGUCAAUCUAAAAUGACCUGAAGGGAAAAACACACCUCCCACAAUGCACUGGGGUUGGGGAGAGGGAAGGGUCAAAGUACAGGAAUCAAGACAUUGAAAGAUGCAGCAGUG